GCACAUUUCUGGCAUCGUUGUCUCAAAUCUGGUCACACUGCUCGCUCGUCAGUCGCUUUGCGAAACUCCAGCAUGGCUUGUCUGUAGCUUAUCAUAAUUCUUCCAAAUUUCAUUCAUUAAUUUCACAUUCUGCUGCAGUGCCAGUGACUGUGAAACGUAACCUAACACAAAUUAUCUUAUUACGUUCCUAUUCUGCUUUAUCGAAGAUACGUAGUCAUUGGAAAUGAGUGCAGUUUCUUGGUGAAAGUGUCCAUGUGUCCUCCACCCAAUCCCUCCGAUCGUUUCAUAAUUAUGUUUUGUAUUUGACACAUUCCAAAAAGAAUCCCUCUGUCUGUCUUUUACCCGUGAAUUUUACGCUAAAUUAUACCGAGUAUUCAAAGGGCGGCGAUGAACGGCACGGAGAAAUGUGACGUAAUCCACGUUGGAUCGCGAAAAAGCGAGUUGGCCUUGAUACAAACUAAGCAUGUGAUACAAUGCCUAAAAGACAUUCAUCCCAAAAAAGAAUUCGAAAUAGUAACAAUGCAUACCAAGGGGGAUAAGAUUCUGGACAAAUCUUUACCAAAGAUCGGAGAAAAGUCUCUGUUUACUGAAGAGUUGGAACUAGCUUUAGAAAAGGGUACUGUUGAUUUUGUGGUGCAUUCGUUAAAAGAUUUACCAACAACAUUGCCCAAAGGAAUGGCUUUAGGUGCGAUAUUAAAACGUGAGGAUCCGCGUGAUGCAGUUGUUAUGUCAAAGAAAUUCGAAGGUGAAACAUUAUCUUCUUUGCCAAAAGGUAGUGUCAUAGGUACCAGCUCUUUACGUAGAUCUGCGCAGCUAGCGCGGAACAUGCCUCACUUAAAGAUAGAAAGUAUUCGUGGAAAUUUGAACACUAGGUUAAAAAAAUUAGACGAUGAAAAAGGCCCCUAUGCCGCUAUAAUAUUAGCUGCCGCUGGUUUAAAAAGAAUGGGCUGGGAAGACAGAAUAAGUCAACUUCUAGAGCCUGAGGAAGCUCUCUAUGCCAUCGGUCAAGGUGCAUUAGGCGUUGAAUGCCGAGAAUCAGAUUGCAAAAUACGUUCUUUGUUGGAACCACUGUUUGAUGUAGAAACUACGUUAAGAUGCGUAUGUGAACGCUCCUUUUUAAAGACUCUUGGUGGCGGAUGUUCCGCACCAGUUGCAGUAUCUUCAUCCUUAAAAGAGGAGGAGUUAACAAUUACUGGUGCUGUUUGGUCGUUGGAUGGUCAAACCUUAGUUACAAAUACUUCGAAAAGUAAAUUGUAUUUACCUGAUGACGACGGUGAACCUCCGCGGAAAUGUCCGUAUCAAGAACCCCGCCUUUACUGCAGCGUUACUCCUGGUAAAGUAAACAGUAUAAGUCUUCUCGGUGCAGAGCUACUUGGUAAAGAUUUAGCCAAGAAUCUUAUAGAGAAAAAUGCUCUUGACGUGAUGUCACAAGCUAGAAAUGAAAUCUUGGAUACAAAAUAGUUAGAUAUGAUUUUUAGUUUGGUUUUUGGUUGCAAAUGUUCAUUUAGAGAAUACGUCAAUGUAAAAUGACGAUUGUCGAUAAUUUCGAUUAUGAAUUUUCAUGAUUUUGUCACAUAUUUUUACUUAUGUAUGUUCAAGAUGGAAAACCCGAUCACAGUACAAAUUCCAUCAUUAUAUUUUUGCUCUUUCGAAUUCUGUUUUACACAUUAUGCGCAUGUUAAUUACUCUUGUUUGAGGAAAAGAAGUACAAAAUAAAUGUAAUAUUAGAAAAUAAUUGAAUAUAUCAUAUGCCGCACUUCUUUUUCCCAAACGAGAAUGAAUAACCACAAUAAUUACAUUUUAUAUGGCAAAUCCUAUUAUAUAAUCUAUAUUAAUAUAGAUAUUUACAGAUUUAUAUUAAUAUAGAUAUAUGUUCUACAUUAAUAUAUUUCUAUUUCGAUGAAAUGGAAUGGUAUGGUAUGAGGAUCCUUGUUACUAAUAACAUGUUUAAUAAUUAUUAAACAUGUUAUAUAAUCAAUUAUAUUUUUAUAACUUGUUAUUGUUAAUAAAGUAAAUAUAGCAGAAAUUUUAUAAUGGUUGGAAAUAAUUCAGUCUAUUGUGAAUACACUGCCAUGUACAGAGUCAGGAACAAUCAGCAUGACAUAUGCACUUCCAUUUAAACAGAUUAUAAGAAUCAAGUUUUAUACGCACAGAAUUUAUAGGCAUUAUAUAGCUCAAGAGUGUACAUAUCUUCAAUUUUGUUGUAAAAUACUGUCGAAUUUCUUUUCUCUAUCUUAUUUUGUAGGAACAGAUUAAAGAUUGACCUUUUCAAUCUUAAUCAUUUUAUGUCUUGAAAUGUUAUUAUGUAAGGUAAUAUAUUUAAAAAGUAUUAUGUAAACUCAUGUAAGAA